GUCUAAGUGGUGAGGUUUGGAACCGCUAAUCCGGUUGUGCACUUAUCACCAUGGUUGACACCCGGAGUGGGAAGAGCACUAGCCCCUAUACCCAGGAACAGCAAGAGAAGCUGGCCGCCUUAGUGAGAGAGAAUAAGGAGAGGAAAGAGCUCCUGAAGCAGGCGAAGUUGAAAGCAAUCGCAGAGGAGCAGGCGGCGAAAAUGAAGAAACUGGAGGAGGAGAUGGAGGAGAAGAAAAAGGCUGCCGAGGAAGAAGCAGCAGCAGAAGCAGAAGAGGAGAGAAGACGCAGGGAAGUAAAAGGGGAAAGUAGCGGCACGGCGAAUGAGGAUGCAGCAAUGGAGAAGAAGAUUAGUGAGUGGAUUGCUAACUUAUCGUUGGGGGAAGACGAGGAGGCACAACUAUAUGUGCCACAGGAGGAGAAGGAAGCGUUUGCCAGGGUGCUGGCAACAAUUGAGGACCCCCUGGAACGGCAGGAGACAAAGGAGGAGAAGAAGUUGGAAUGGAAGCUUGGGAUGAAGAGGGAAAAGAAGAGGAGAAGGGAGGAAGUAAACCGGUUGACCACAGAGGUGGAAAAGGUGAGAGCCUGUAGACAAGAGGUGCAGGCGCAGGCAGAUGUUUCUGCCAAGAUGGAUAAGAUGUUGGGAUACCUGGAAGUGUCGAGUGAGGCCUGGCUAGAGGAGCGCCAAGCCAAUUGGGGUCACGAUGUGGCCCUGAGCGCUAUGCGGUCAGGUUUUAGAGACUUCGCUCGCGAUAUGGUUACCCACGUUGGGGCCGAAGUCAUGCGAUUAAGGGAAAACGUAGUAAAGUUCUGUGAAGGCGCCAUUGAGAGUGCCAAAGCAGUAGCCGCUGUGGAGAGUGAGGCCAGGCCUCGUAAAGAGUCCGUCAAGCUUAAAUUCCCAGAUGUAUAUGGCGGGAAGGAGGAGGAGAAUUUUGAUAACAGGGAGGCGAGCGUAAAUAGUUACGUGUACUUACAACACAUCUUGACUGAGGAACAAGUCCUCGUCGCUUUCUAGGCCCUCAAAGAUGAAGCGGCCAGCUUUGCCAAGUCCCUUGCGCGCACAGCCGGUUGUGAAAACAACCUGUUUGCAUAUUCUAAGAUCACCCCCCUUCCUCAAUUCUUCAAACUCCUGAGGGAGAGAGUUGCUGACCCAACGAGAGGCGUUAGAGCCUCUGACAAGU